ACGUGAAGCGCCACAAAACCCACCACGCUGCUGCACGCUGCAUCUGUUGUCGUGCAGAGACCCUCAGUCACCUACAUCACCACUCAAGAAACCAUGUCAAGCACCCUCUCCUGGCCCAACUACCAGGUGUCUGGUGUCUCGUUUGCGACACUGGAUGCCGAAAGCAUCAAGCGCGUAAGCGUCAAACGCAUCACAGACCCCGUCUCCUUCGAUCCCGUGCUGGGCCACCCCGUGCGCGGCGGCCUCUAUGACCCGGCCCUUGGCCCCACAGACAACAAGGACCGCUGUGAGACAUGCGGGCUGCUCGGCGUUCACUGCCCGGGCCACCUCGGCCACGUGGAGCUCCCCUUGUACGUGUACCACCCCAUGUACUUUGACCGCCUCUUCCUCCUCCUCCGCGCCACCUGCCUUCACUGCCACCGACUCAAGGCCACGCGCUUCCAGCUGCGCCUGCUUCAGUGCCAGCACAAGCUAUUGGAGAACCAGUGCGUUGUCGCCGCCAAGGAGCUGCAGGAGCGCAUUGACCUCGUGCCUGUGGCCCAGGUCUUCGAGUUCCUCGACACCUUCACCGAAGACGCCCUCAAGGGCAUCAAGCGGCCAACCACGGCAGCCGGUAAGCGCGCCGUGCACACCACCAGGAACAUUCACGUCCUCAAGUACAAGAACGAACUCAACGAGGAGUUCCUCUCCAAGUGCGUCCACGCCCGCAGCUGCCCGCACUGCAGCUGCAUUUCGAGGCGUCUCCUUCAGGAGAACGCCAUCAAAGUCUUCAUGCAGGCCGUUGCGCGUGCGGACACGGAGAUGGCCAAGAUGUCGAAGCAGCCCAACCCGCCGCCCCGGUCCUGGUACGGGCGCCAGUACGUCUCUCCAGAGCUCGCCCGCGACCACCUGCUCAAGUGCGAAGAACUUGACAACGAGACCCUGCCCAAGAUGUAUGCAUCCUUGCUCAAAGACAAGACCAGUGGUCUGCAGCGGCGCUUCACCGCAGAGGUUUUUUUCGUCAAGGCCAUCUCCGUUCCGCCAAACAGGUUCCGGCCGGUGAACUUCCUCAACGGGCAGUCGAUUGAGAACGAGCGCACCAUUGCGCUGGCAGACGUGGUCAAGGACUGCGUGGCCAUUGACGAGCUUGUGCGCCACGACCCAAACCAGGAGUCUGCGCCGGGCAAGGCGACCUCCCGCGCCAUGACAGAGAAGCGGUACCGUGAGCGCCUCACACAGGCCUGGCACGCCCUGCAGGAGCACGUCAACGUCUUCAUGGACAGCUCCCUCUCCCCGCGCAUGACAGACGCCAAGGGCAUUCGCCAGGGCCUUGAGCGCAAGGAAGGUCUGUUCCGCAUGAACAUGAUGGGCAAGCGCGUCAACUACGCCGCCCGUACCGUCAUCUCCCCCGAUCCGCUCAUUGGCACGCACGAGAUUGGCAUUCCGGAUGUCUUUGCACGCACGUUGACUUACCCGCAGCCGGUCACGCCCUGGAACAUGAAGUAUCUCCGCCAGUGCGUCAUCAACGGCGCUGACCAGUACCCGGGUGCAACACACGUGCAGGAUGAGGAUGGGCGCAUGAUUUCGCUCAAGUACCUGAGCGAGGAGAGCCGCAUCUCCGUUGCCGACCAGCUGCUCACGCGCAAGACAAAGACACUUGGCCGCAGCCACAAGUGCAAGAUUGUGCACCGCCACGCCAAGAACGGCGACUGGGUGCUCAUGAACCGCCAGCCCACCCUCCACAAGUCCAGUAUCAUGGCUUUCCAGGUGCGCGUGCUGCCCAAAGACCGUGCCUUCCGUCUUCACUACGCAAACUGCAAGAGUUUCAACGCUGAUUUCGAUGGUGAUGAGAUGAACAUGCAUCUUCCGCAAUCCGAACUCGCGCGCGCCGAGGCUGCAGAGAUUGCCGCCAACUUCACACAGUACAUUGGCCUUGGCGGCGGUCCGCUGCGCGGUCUGAUCCAGGACCACGUCAUUGCCGGCACCAAGAUCUGCUGCCGCGACACCUUCUACGACAAGGACCACUACCAGGCGCUCGUGUAUGCUGCGCUGGAGGACCGGGUGGACACGUGCGGGAUUGAGCUGCUGCCCCCGUGCAUGAUCAAGCCACGCAAGCUGUGGUCCGGCAAGCAGGUCAUCUCCACCGUUAUGAAGAACGUCACCCGCGGCAAGGUUGGCGUCUACUACACAGGCUCCACCAAGAUCAAGAACUCGUGGUCAAAGUGCUCCACAGAACUCGAGGGCGAGUCGACCGUGAUUGUGCGCGAUGACGAGUUGCUGUGCGGUCUUCUCGAUAAGGCCCAGUGCGGUGCCUCCAACAACAGCCUUGUACACGUCUACUUUGAGACGCACGGCGGGCGUGUUGCUGGCGAUUUGCUGACUGCCUUUGGCAAGCUGUUUACCAUGUGGCUCAAGUACCACGGCGCCACCCUCUCCAUCGACGAUCUUCUCCUCACAAAAGAGGCAGACAUCCGGCGCCGCAAGUCGAUUGAGCAGUCUGAGGCGUCUGGCCCGCAGGCUGCGGCCAAGUUUGUCAAGCAGGAGGACCCCACAGACAUCCCGCUGCUGCGCUCCAACAUUGCCACGAUUCUGCGUGACGCUGUGGAGCACAAGGGCCUGGACAGCACCAUGGCUGGUGCGGCCAACAAGGUGCAGUCCGAGGUUGCUUGCUCCAAGAACAUCCCCGAUGGCCUCCUCAAGCAGUUUCCCGACAACAACUUCCAGCUCAUUGUGCAGUCGGGUGCCAAGGGUUCCAACGUCAACGCCACGCAGAUCUCCGGCAUGCUUGGCCAGCAGAUGCUCGAGGGCCGUCGCGUGCCCGUCAUGAUGAGCGGCAAGACCCUGCCCAGCUUUGCCGCCUUUGACCCCUCGCUGCGUGCUGGCGGCCUGAUUACCGACCGCUUUCUCACGGGCCUGCGCCCGCAGGAGUAUUUCUUCCAUUGCAUGGCCGGACGUGAGGGUCUCGUCGAUACCGCCGUCAAGACAUCCCGCUCAGGUUACUUGCAGCGCUGUUUGAUCAAGCAUUUGGAGGACUUGAAGGUCCAAUACGACAUGACUGUUCGUGAUUCUGAUGGAUCCGUCGUUCAGUUCAGGUAUGGUGAGGACGGCAUUGACGUGACAAAGGCGGCGCAGCUUGGCAACUUCAAGUUCUUUGCCGACAACUACCAAGGCCUGCUCAACCGCCUCUGUGCCGGCCGCAUUGCUGACGCCUUCCCCGGCAAGCUGUCGAAGGUGGCGAUCAGGCAGAUGAAGAAGGCCCUGAAGCACCCCGAUGAGCACGAUCCCGUGCUGACAACACUGCGCCCCGACACCCACCUCGGCUGCAUCUCCGAGAAGCUGUACAAGGCCAUGAUUGAGUACGCCGACAAGCACAAGAACGACGUGCUUGUGCAGAAGUUCAAGGACACGGAGCUGAGCCCUGCUCGCUUCAAGUCGGUGGUGUACAUGAAGAGCCACCACGCACUGGCAGAUCCCGGCGAGGCCGUGGGCAUCUGUGCUGCACAGGCUGUUGGCGAACCUUCAACCCAGAUGACGCUGAACACGUUCCAUUUCGCUGGUCGUGGUGAUGUGAACGUGACCCUUGGUAUCCCGCGUCUGCGUGAGAUUAUCAUGACGGCCAGUAAGGCCGCAAAGACGCCACUGAUCAAGGUGCCGAUUCUUCCCGUGGAGAAUGCUGUGGAGCAAGCAGAGAAGCUUGCUGCGUCGCUCAGCCCCGUCCUGCUGAAGGAUGUGCUCAAGGGCGUUGACUGCACCACCUGGCUCUCCCGCUUCAAGUCUGGCGAGUUUGUCCGCUACUACCGCCUUCACUUCAAAUUUAUCGACACCGAAGUCUACCAGGAGCGGUGUGCCAUCUCUGCCGAGGAGCUGUUCACUCGACUGGAGAAGACGGUGUUCCCCAAGCUGCCGCGCAUUGCUGGCACGUGGUACAAGCGGUUUGCACAGGCCGACACCGUGGCCGUGACCAAGGCAUCGGGGCUGGACGUGACGCCCAAGGACGCCGAUGCUGACGAUGACGACGACAACAAGGCUGGCGGGUACGACGAACGCAAGCGUGCGCGUGAUAACGUUGACGAGACCAACGGCGAUGAGGACGUGGACUCCAGCGAGAGCGAAGAGGAAGAAGAGGACCCAGAGUCCGGCACAGACCAGGCGCAUCUGUCGAGCGAUGACGAUGAAGACACGCGGCGCCCCGGCCCGCGCAAGGUGAAGGUUGACGAAGGUCUGGAGGACGAGGCCAUCAUGGACAUUCGUGCGGAUGCAGAGGCGACGUUUGCCACGCCGGACCCAGACAGCGAUAAGGGCAAGCGGGCGGCCGAGCUCAAGGCGCGGUGCAAGCCGAUUGUCGACUACAACUACGACGAGGACCGUGGCGAGUGGGCCACUCUCACGCUGCGGGUAUCUGCGGAGCAGCCCAUUGUUCCGUUCAUCACCAUGCUCGAGUCGGAAGCCCACAAGCUCAUCAUCCGUCAAACAAAGGGCAUUCGCCGCUGCAUGCUCGGCAAGAGCAGCGAGGAGCAAGACACGCCGGAUGUAUUUAUGGUUGAGGGUCUGAACAUGCGCGUUGUCCGUGAGCACGCCGACAUUCUCGACCUGAACCACCUCGAGUGCAACGAUGUCUAUGCGAUGCUUGAGGCGUAUGGGAUUGAGGCUGCGCGUGACAGCAUCAUCCGCGAGCUGCGCGCCGUCUUCAACGUCUACGGCAUCACCGUCAACCACCGCCAUCUCAGCCUCAUUGCAGACUACAUGUCGUUUGAGGGCACGUACCGCGGCAUGAACCGCAUCACCAUGCGCUCCAACGUGUCGCCCUUCUCCCAGAUGAGCUUUGAGACCACCGUCGACUUUCUCAAGCGCGCGGCGCUCGGCGGCGCACACGAACCCCUCAGGUCGCACUCCUCGCGUCUUGUGGUUGGCAAGCUCACGACCACCGGCACUGGCAGCUUCGACAUUGUGCAACCCCUUCUCGAAUAACCGAUUUGCCGCUCUGUCUGUUUGUCUGUCUGUCUGUCUGUCUGUCUGUCUUGUCUCUCUGUCUCUCUCACUCUCUCUCACCUUGUAUCCUCCUCGAUUGGUGUGUGUGUGUGUGUGUGUGUGUGU